AUGGCGUCACCCCUUCCCGUUACCCUCCUUCUUCGCCGCCACCAGGCCCGCGCCGCGCCAACAAUGCUCAGCUUCAUUCCAGCCAGCACAGAAACUCGGUGCAGCACUCCACACUGCACUCCAACCACUCCGGGCCGCCCUAUGUGGAUGUGUGGAUUAAUAACACAAAUGCGGGUACUUAUACUCGUGUGGGUUACGUGGAUAGCAGCAGGGGACAAGAUAAUGGUACAGAACUCACUUCACCAUAACAUCUCUGAGUUAACACACCAAGGUCACAGUGCCACGGCCCUAAGACACCCACGAGGUCACAGCGCCACAACACAAAGCGAAGAGGAGGACUGGAAUGAGAGUCUGGGAAGGAUGCUGGCUCGUGUUGUGAAGAGAGAGAUGCGUCACUGUAACUUGGUGGUGGCAUAUGACAGUGGUUAUGACAGUCACCAGGUGUUGCAGCCUCUUCUCGCCCUGCCCAACCCUAGACAGGUCGUGGAAGUACAUACCGUGGCGGACCUCCUGAGGGUGGAGUGGGUGUCUAUGGGCUGCCGUGGGUUCCUGCUGCUUCUGUCACGCCCCACGCCCCUCCUGACGCUGAGUGAGACAAGGCCGCUGCUCUGGGACUAUCGUGGCAGAUAUCUGUGCGUGCUGCCAUCAAGAGGGGACCUGGAGGAACUGGCUGGCUCUCUCAAAGGAAGGAAGACGGAACAUCUUGUUGGAGUAAUUAAGGGUACGUCACCGGGGACAUGGCAAGUGUACGUGAAUCAGCUGUACCGUGGCGGCCAGCUGGUGGGGCGCGUGGCCAUAUGGCGCGGCCGCAGGUUUAUCUCUGGGGGCGUCAUCUACAGGGACAGAGUGGCGGAUCUGAAGGGCACCACGCUAAAGGCGGUCACCUUCGAGUGGGCACCCAGCGUCUUCUACUACAGGGACGUGGAUGGAAGUGUCCUCUUUCGCUACGGCACGGACAUCGGAGUUCUGGACACGAUAGCAAGAGUCAUGAAUUUCACCGUACGAUAUGAGGAACCGCCUGAGGGGGAGCGGUGGGGGCGCGAGGAAGAAAACGGAACGUGGUCUGGUAUGAUGGGCCGACUUUCACGCAACGAGGUGGACAUUGGAUUGGUGGAUCUGUAUGUGACUCACGUGAGAAUAGCCAUUCUGGACUACACCACGCCCUACGACUCAGAGCUGAGUUGCUUCAUGGCACGCACGGAGCCGCCCCUUCCUCGCUGGCAGUCCCUUGCUUUCCCCUUCCAAGCCACGACCUGGAUGGCCAUAGCGGUGGGCCUCGUGGUGGCUGGCCCCGUACUGGCUCUGCUGGCCCGAGGGAGUGCGCUUUGCGGGGAGGAAGAGACCAGCUUACAGUCCCUGGACGUCAGUUGGUACUACGCGUUGGGACUCCACUGCUGCGAGGCUCAGGUGAGGAUCCCACGCAUGCAGUCAACCCGUGUGUUCGUGGCCACGCUCUGGAUCUACACUAUCAUCCUCACCAUCGUCUACUCCACCAACCUCACCGCCUUUCUCCUUGUGACCAAACUUCCCGCCACUAUCGAGACCAUCAAGGACCUCUACGCCUCGGGUCUUGAAGUUUCAGGAGUUGGGAAGUUCUAUGGCGAUGCUCUGGGCUCCGCUAGUGAUCCCUACUUGAAGAGCCUCCAGAAGAAGUUUCGAGCCUACGGGGACGCUGCGGAGAUCUUCCCUAGAGUGUUGAGCGGCAGUGCGGUGAUGAUACAAAACAGUCCCUUCCUGGAGUUUGUCGCCGCCACACGCUUCGCCACCAGAGGACAGUCCAGGAUGCGUCUUAUGAAGGAAUGCUUCGCCCCCUUCAGCAUCGCCCUGGCCGUACAGCGUCACUCGCCACUCAAGCAGAAUUUCGACAAGAUCAUAGGCUGGGCAAACAACGCAGGCUUACCCAGGUACUUCUUCCUCCGCUCACUCAGACUCUACAGGCAGAAUGAGGAAGUGGCAGAAGAGGGAGUAACAGCAUUAACAGUGGAACACCUACAGGGAAUCUUCUUCAUUUUAAUCCUUGGCAUGUUUCUCUCAGGCUUGUCAUUCAUUCUGGAGCAAGUGGUGGGGUGA